AUGACAUCAAAAAAAGCACCAAUUGUAUAUCACCCAAGUUAUAACAUUGCAUUUUGGAAUCUCGAAAAGAAGUAUAAACGUAUUCAUCGAAUUCUGGUUGCGUCAGGCCUUUUUAAUGUAAAUUCCUUUUACGAACCUUCACCGCCAACCCCACUCGACCUAGCAAAAUUGCACUCCAAUCAAUACCUGGAUUCGUUGAAUGAUAAUGCACAACUUCAGAAAAUAUUGGAAGUGCCUUUCAUCGCCGUUUUACCGCAAGCACUGUUGAAAAAAAAAGUUUUAGAACCCAUGUUGCUACAAACUGGAGGAAGUGUGCUUGCAGCGGAGUUGGCGCUGGACUAUGGUUGGGGUAUUAAUUUAGGAGAUGGCUAUGCCCUUUCGUCUGUUGCCGCGCCUAUCCGAUUAACGACUUCCGAACUCAGAACAGAUGAAAAAUAUCUUCAAUCGAUUCAAUCCAACAUAUUUCAAUCUUUUAGCAGAUUCCACCCACAGUUUAUCGUAUAUAAUGCUGGAACAGAUUGCUUAGAAGGUGAUCCCUUAGGAUCUAUGAACCUCUCUACAGACGCGAUCUUAAAAAGAGAUGAGCUUGUAUUUAGAACGGCGAUAGAACAUGGCGUACCCAUCGUCAUGGUUCUAAGCGGUGGAUAUCAGAAAAAGAAUGCUGAAAUAAUUGCUACGAGUAUUUUGAAUCUAGUCAACAAGUUUGGACUCCUAAAAGAAGCCACAUCAUCAGAAUUAUCCACCUGA